ACGUCACUCUUCAUAGUCACAAGACCUCUCAGCUGAGGCUGUCUUCAUUUUUCUGUUUUUCCCAAAUAAAAGUUUUUCGAUUCUUCUUUGGCAAUAACAGACGUGAUUAUCAAUUCUUUAGCCAAAAUGGCUAACAUGGGUGAUGAAAAUGUUAGUCAGGUAAUGCCGUCGCUGGGUGAUGAAAAAAUCGACAUGAUUGCGGCCACCAGCGUCUUGCAAAUCCGCGCCAGUGAAAUCCGCCAGACUCAGAUCAACUGGCAAUCUUAUCUGCAGUCUCAGAUGAUCACUCAGCGUGACCAUGACUUCAUUGUGAACCUGGACCAGCGUGGCAUGAAGGAGUUGCCCGACAGGAACCCAGAAACUUGUGCUGAAGUCUUCCUGAACUUGCUCACACAUAUCAGCAAGGAUCAUACCAUCCAGUACUUGCUUGUACUGAUGGAUGACAUCCUUUCUGAGGAUAAAGGCAGAGUGAAGAUCUUCCGUGAAGCUAGGAUGGGUAACCCGUGGCAGCCAUUCCUGAACUUGCUGAAUCGCCAGGAUGAGUUUGUUCAGCACAUGACGGCCCGUAUCAUCGCUAAGCUGGCCUGCUGGCAUCCAAACCUGAUGGAGAAGAGUGAUCUCCACUUCUACCUCUCCUGGCUUAAGGACCAACUUAAGAUGAACGCGGAGAAAAUGUCUGCCGAGUUAGAGCAUGCCGAGCAGGUUAUGUUGCUGCACGAGAAACAGCAUUUCGCCGCCGAUAAACUUCAGAAACACCUGAAACAUCACCACAAGGAAAAAGACAAUGUCGACGCUGGCCCAGAGAAGUAUUCGAGCCUUUACAGCUCUUUCGAUGAGCUGAAGCCACUUGAGGAUUUGCCACCUGGCCUGCAUAAGAACAAUGAAUACAUCCAAUCUGUGGCCCGCUGCCUGCAAAUGAUGCUGCGCGUCGACGAGUACCGCUUCGCGUUCCUGUCUGUUGACGGCAUCUCCACCUUGCUGUCUAUCCUGGCUUCCAGAGUCAACUUCCAGGUGCAAUACCAGCUUGUGUUCUGCUUGUGGGUGCUGACAUUCAACCCCCUGUUGGCCGAGAAGAUGAACAAGUUCAAUGCCAUCCCCAUCCUCGCCGACAUCCUCAGCGACUCCGUCAAGGAGAAGGUCACGCGCAUCGUGCUCGCUGUGUUCAGGAACCUGAUCGAAAAACCUGAAGACCAUCAGGUUGCCAAGGAGCACUGCAUCGCCAUGGUACAGUGCAAGGUCCUGAAGCAAUUGAUGAUCCUGCAGCAGAAGCGCUCUGACGAUGAAGACAUCAUGAACGAUGUGGACUUCCUGAACGAACGCCUGCAGACUUCAGUACAAGACCUCAGCUCAUUCGACCAGUACGCUACUGAAGUCAAGAGCGGCCGUCUGGAAUGGUCGCCCGUCCACAAAUCAGCUAAGUUCUGGCGCGAGAACGCUGCUCGUCUGAACGAGCGCGGCCAGGAGUUGCUCCGUACCCUGGUGCACCUGCUGGAGAGGAGUAACGACCCCGUCGUACUCGCCGUCGCCUGCUACGACAUCGGUGAAUACGUCCGCCACUACCCACGAGGCAAACACAUUAUCGAGCAGCUGGGCGGUAAACAACGCGUCAUGUACCUGCUGAGCCACGAAGACCCCAACGUCCGAUACGAAGCUCUACUCGCCGUCCAGAAAUUGAUGGUCCACAACUGGGAAUACCUUGGCAAGCAAUUGGAGAAAGAACAAAUCGACAAGCAGGCGGGCACUGUUGUCGGAGCUAAAGCUUAAAUUAAUACCUGUUAUAUUUAUAAAUGAAAUAUUUAAUUCCUUGUUAUAUUGUUGUCUUGAAGGAUAUCAAGCUUAUUGCAGAUAUAGUAACUGUACUACGUAUACAAUGGAGGCUAGCCCCCGUUCAAUAAUCUGUAUUAUCUGUUAUUAUAACUCACAGAAAAAUGGAUUUUGAGUAAAUCAUGCCCAUGUAUAUUAUAAAACAAUAAAAAGAACACUAAAUUUUGAAAAUAUUUAGUGUACACAUUCCUUUAAGAGUUAAACAUUACAGAUUUAAUAUGAAUGUUUAUUGAAAAGAUAUUAUUAUGUAUUCGAUUAUUUGAAAUUAAUAGAGUUUUAGUGGUUUGUGAUGUGAUAACUGGCUACAUCAGUAUUGUGAAUAAAGUUCAUCGUAAAUAUGUUAA